UGAAUCAGUUAAGCCACAAUGUGAAACAAGCAAUGUGAUGGAGACGGAGAAACCAGAGAAGUUUCGAGAGUUUUUUGAUGGGGGAGGAGCUUCGAAUGCAGGUGAAUCGGUUAAAACAGAAUGUGAAGCAAGCAAACUUGAUGUUAGAGGAGAACCCGAAGGAGCAGAAGCCUUUGGAACCUAACAAACACUUUGUUAUAGAGGCAAUUCCAUUAAGGUCGGUGUUACCAGAUGCAAUAAUCGACUUGGAUAAUGUCCAAACUGUGCAGACAAAGAAAAGAAAGAAGCAUGAUAUGCUUUAUUCUGGUGGCACAUACCCUGAGCGUAGGAGAGCUGUGAAGAAAUCAAAAUACCUUGCAAGCCCCUACGAUGAAGCUGUCUAUGAGCCAAAUGCAAGUAAGAUGCAGAAGGACAUAUCAACAUUUGCAUGGAGCAUUUCACAUGAUGAGGAGGAGCUUUUGUAUUGCUCGGAUAACAAGGCUCAUGCUUUCAGUCUACAAAGGAGAGACUUGUGGUCACUUCAAAAAGAUGAAUGAGUGUCAUGUUUUAUGAUAAAUGCCUGGUUCAAUUGCUUGAACUGGAGUCAACCAAAUGAAAGAAUGACACGACUGGUUACACCUUUCAUAAAUUAUGUUGACUUGCAAAGACCCGAUGCCCUAAAUAUAACGAACCCAGUUGCAUGUAAAAGAUUCAUUGAAAGACUGAAAAAGUUCAAAUACAUGGAUUGGAAGGCUAUUGACCCUACAUGUUUAGAAGAUAUAAUGACGCCAGCACUAAUUGGAGAUCCGGGUUUUCAUUAUGUAUGCUUCGUUGUGAAUCUCAAGAGCCAAAAAUUUCAAUUCCUGAACAGCUUGAAAGGAGAGACAUUGAACAUGAAGAAUGGCGAAGCAACUGUGUACAAGAAGAUGUUUGAUGUGUGGCUGAAGGAGGUGGAAGCAUUUGUGACAGAAUUGUAUAAGAAAAGAAAAAUCACAAUGCCUUUCCAGUUUAGCACAUUCAAGUGGGAAACACCAAAGAUGCCUAAUCAAUGUGAUAAAGACAGUUGUGAAGUCUUUUGCAUGAAGUUUCUUGCUGAAUGGGACGGUGGCAAUACUGAAAUGGAAUCGUUCAAAGAUUAGUCCAAAACGAGAAAGCGUGGGAAGAAUGGCAGGGUUUCAAAAACUAUGGAUUUGAGAAUUGGAAUUUGUUCAACAAUAUUAAGCGACUCAAGCAAUAUCAAAAGAAUCUAUGUGGAGAAGGAAGCAACUUCAUACUAUGAAGAAUUGCUUCAAAAGCUAACACCGGAUUAGUGUUAAUGUUUUUUUUUAUUGAGUUUGUAUAAAGAUGUUUAUGAAUUUCUGAAUUUGUGUCAAGUUUAUAAUGGAUUUUUGUAUAUAGAUGUUUAUGAAUUUUGAUGAAUUGAAACCAUAAGUAUGGUUUAAUGGUUUUAAUAGUGUUCUAUGUAAAACCAAGUUAAGGGUGUAAUGGUUUUAAGUGAAAUUAUUAUU